UGCUAAUUUUUUCCCCCUUUCCCGUCUCGUUCGCUCGUUCGUCAUCUGCCGCCGUACGAUCUCGUUUACGCGUUCUUUCUCACGCUCCCUCUCACACUUUUUCUCUCCCUCGCUCGUUCUCCGUUUUAUUAUCGAUUGCCGACGAGUGGUUUUCCUCACGAUCGUCGAGUCAUUCUUGUUUUGCACGCACCAACCGUUUCGUAUCGGCACCGGAACACGCCGCAACCGUUUUUUACUCGCCCCGACCGUUGCACCGAUUCGUCACCCUGGCAGCCCGCGGUGCGAACAGAAACCCGCUGGAAAUGGCGUCCGCAGCAGCCGCUGCCGCUUACAACCAAAACCGGCGCGUGCCGCCUACGAUGCAAAUCCAAAAGAUACUUGAUGAAAAUGCUCAAUUAAUUUCAACAAUUCAAGAAUUUCAGAGUAAAGGGAAAGCGCAAGAUUGUGUUCAAUUCCAGCAAAUUCUUCAUCGAAAUUUGGUGUAUUUAGCUUCCGUGGCAGAUUCAAAUCAAAAUAUUCAAACAUUGCUUCCGCCACCCAGUAUACAGCAGGGCAUGCAGGUUCAAGGACAGCAUAUGCAACAGCAAUUGCAACAGCAGCAUCAACAGCAUCAACAACAACUUCAGCAACAGCAACAACAACAACAACAGCAGCAGCAGCAACAACAGCAACAACAACAACAACAGCAGCAGCAACAACAACAACAACAGCAGCAGCAACAACAACAACAACAACCUCCACCACCAUCAGUAAUGAUGGGAGGGCCGGAUGGUCAAAAUCCUCAGGCAAUGCAACAACAACCACCUCAGCAACAAGGCCCACCUCAACAAGCUAUGAAUCAAGUGUUUACUCAAGGACAAGGCCAGAUGCCACCUAGUGGAUACCGUCCUCAACAAUCAAUUGCUCCGAUGAGACUGCCUUCUCAACAAUAUAGACCAUCACCUCAGUACCAAGGACAACAAAGCUAUCAAAAUUUUGCUGCAACUCAAAACAGCGUUGUCUCUAGUCAAGCAGGUGGUCCUGGUGGAGGUAAUAUGUAUAAUCAACCACCAAACCAACCUUAUCCAGGUCAAGGAUAUGGCCAUCAACAACCGGUACCCAGCUCUAACUAUCCAAAUCCUAACUAUGUUAAUCCUUCAGCAAAUCAGCAAUAUCAACCAAACGGUCCAUAUGGCAACCAACCUGGCGGUAAUUACCCCCAAAACGCUGUUGCUGCUCAACCACAAAACUUUCCACCCAACUAUCCACCAGCUGGUUAUGUUCAACAGCCUGUUAGUUCAAGCAGUGGUUAUGGUCCAGUUACAAAUCAACCAUCUUCUUACACGGGUUAUGGAAAUCCACCACAAAAUACAUAUGCAUCAUCCCAGACAACUCAGUCAGCUCCAUCUGCAUCUACUCAGACAUACCCUCCACCACCUAAUCAAUCUGUUCCUAAUGCUACUGUGGUUGUGCAACAGACUGCUCCUGCACCACAACCCAACUAUCCUACGCCACAACAACCAAAUGCUCAAUCUUAUCAAUCGCCUAAUAAUGGACCCAAUCAACAACCUGGACCACCUCAGAACUACCCUCCUCAACAAGGUUAUCAGCCUCCGCCUCAAGGAUAUCCACAAGGUUACCCAGCACCCGGUCAACCAGGUGGUUAUCAACCAUAUCCUCAGAGACCACUGGCUCCUCCAUCAAACCAAUCUCAAUACCCUGGUUAUCCGUAUCAGCCAUCACCUGUUUAAACUUAUUGAUAUUGGUUAUGAUAAACAAAACAACAAAUGAUUGAACAUUAAUUAAUUUUUCUUAAACUUAAUUUUACUUAAUUAUAUGUUAUUAUAUUAUAAAUAACUAAUUUUUUUUUUGUACUUAUUAUAUAAUAUAUAAUAUACAAUUAUGUAUUUAUUAAUAAUUGCGGCUUGUAAAUUACUUUAAUGUUAAUUGGUCAGCAGUCUUAGAUAUUAUUUUACUAUUUUAACUUAAAAUAAAUCCAUAUAAAUGUAGUUUUACAAGACAUAAUUAGUUUAUAUAGAUCAUAUAAUAGUUCUUUGGUUAAUUUUAAGUAUAAUUUGUAAUUUUUUAUAAUAGUUUAAUUAUAACUUUGUAUUUAGAUAAUAAUCAAACAUUCAUGAUUUUCAAUGUACAGUCAUUUUCAAUAAUUUUCAAACAUUUUUUUUCUUUAUUAUAAAGUAAUUUAAUAAAUAAAAAUAAUUUUCAUUAUUUAAGUGGCUAUUUAUAACGGGUAUGUACAAAUUUAUAUAUAAUUAUAAAAUUUAAGGUGGAGACAUUAGUAUUACGUUAUGUGAACCCACGUUUUAAUUCGCCAACUCAUGUGAUAUCAAGGCACACGGUUAAUAUGUGAAACCUAUUACAUAUUGUUUUAAAAUGUUGUUACAAAACUAAAUAAUUUUCAUUCACGUGAUAUUGUAUUUUUCAUUGUGCUUCACAUGAUAUCACACUUCUAUUUUCUAUUGUUUCACAUAUUUGAUCUUAUAUGAUGUCAAAUGUUAUUCUGAUUUGAAAUUUUUACUUAUUGAAAAUUAAAGCUUGUGUUAAAUCAA